AAGCUCGGGACCCGGGACAAGGUUAAACAAGUGCCAUAGCAGCUCCAAACUACCCAAAACCCAGGAACACCCCCCCCCCCCCCCUCCGCAAGGCAGCAAGAUGAUGCAAACAUAAAGGUCUGGUGGGAAAGGCUGUGUGAAAAUGGGAAUCCCCCAGGGCGGAGGAAGUAAAGCAGCAAGACCUGUAUCCGUCUCAAAUUACCUUGAAAUCCCACCUCCUGGAAUGCCCCAUCAGCAAGUGUCCGCUGUACCUGGCCUGCUACCACCUAAAGACUGAGCGCAGCCAGCAGGACUGUGAAAGGCAGGGCGAUGAUGGCAGUGAAGGAUGGAGUCUCACUCUGUCGCCUAGGCUGGAGUGCCGUGGUGCGAUCUCGGCUCACUGCAACCUCCACCUCCCAGGUUCAAGCAAUUCUCUGCCUCAGCAUCCUGAGUAGCUGGGAUUAUAGGUGCCCGCCACCAUGCCCAGCUCAUUUUUGUAUUUUUAGUAGAGGUGGGGUUUCACCAUCUUGGCCAGGCUGGUCUUGAAUUCCUGACCUCAAGUGAUCCACCCGCCUUGGCCUCCCAAAGUGUUGGGAUUACAGGAGUGAGCCACCUUGCCCAGCCAACUUGACGUAACUUUUAAAGAUGGAUUGCCAAGCUGAGGUGAACUGCGGGCUUCAUCUGGUUAUUCAAACAUCAUCGCUUCCUGAAAAAAACAAAGUUGAAUUCAAGCUAAAUAAAGACACAUCGUCAUUCCCCGGUAGACUUUUACAACAUGACCUUGAAAGAAACUACUCAAGUAGGCAAGGUGAUCAUAUUAAUUUGGUGAGCUCAUCAUUGUCAUCAUUUCCUAUUCUUCAACGUUCUUCUGAAGAGAAAAUUCUUUACUCAGACAGGUUGAGCCUAGAAAGACAAAAGCUGACCGUAUGUCCUAUCAUCAAUGGGGAAGACCACCUUCGUUUGUUGAACUUUCAACACAAUUUUAUAACUCGGAUACAAAAUAUUUCUAAUCUACAGAAGUUAAUAUCCUUGGAUUUAUAUGAUAACCAGAUUGAAGAAAUUAGUGGGCUUUCGACUCUGAGGUGUCUUCGUGUCCUUCUGUUGGGGAAAAACAGAAUCAAGAAAAUCUCAAAUCUGGAGAAUCUAAAAAGCUUAGAUGUCUUGGAUCUUCAUGGAAAUCAGAUUACCAAAAUUGAAAAUAUUAAUCAUUUGUGUGAGUUGAGAGUUUUAAAUCUUGCCAGGAACUUUUUAAGUCAUGUUGAUAAUCUUAAUGGGCUGGAUUCACUAACUGAACUUAACUUGCGACACAAUCAAAUCACUUUCGUGAGAGAUGUGGAUAAUUUGCCCUGCCUCCAACAUCUCUUUCUCAGCUUCAACAAUAUAUCUAGUUUUGACAGUGUUUCCUGCCUUGCUGACUCUUCUUCCCUCUCGGACAUCACCUUUGAUGGCAAUCCCAUAGCUCAAGAGUCAUGGUACAAACACACUGUCCUUCAGAAUAUGAUGCAGCUGCGCCAGCUAGAUAUGAAGAGAAUCACGGAAGAAGAAAGGCGUAUGGCAUCUGUUUUAGCCAAAAAAGAGGAAGAGAAGAAGCGGGAAAGUCAUAAACAAUCUUUGCUUAAGGAGAAGAAAAGGUUAACAAUUAACAACGUAGCUCGACAGUGGGACUUGCAACAACAACGAGUAGCCAAUAUUGCUACAAAUGAAGAUAGAAAAGAUUCUGACUCUCCUCAGGACCCCUGUCAGAUUGAUGGAAGCACCCUCUCUGCAUUCCCAGAGGAAACAGGGCCUCUAGACUCAGGACUCAACAAUGCUUUACAAGGUUUAUCUGUCAUAGACACAUACCUUGUUGAAGUGGACGGGGAUACACUUUCCCUAUAUGGCUCAGGAGCACUGGAAUCUCUGGAUAGGAAUUGGAGUGUUCAAACAGCAGGAAUGAUCACAACAGUCUCCUUCACUUUCAUAGAAUUUGAUGAAAUCGUCCAAGUGCUUCCUAAACUGAAGAUUAAGUUUCCUAAUUCUCUGCACCUUAAAUUCAAGGAAACAAAUCUUGUAAUGCUGCAGCAAUUUAACGCACUAGCCCAACUCCGUCGUAUUGACCAGUUGACAAUUGAUCCUCAAGGAAAUCCAGUUGUCAAUUUUACACUCUGGAAAUACUAUGUACUGUUUAGGCUAAGCCAUUUUAGUAUGCAGAAAAUAAAUGGAACAGAGGUGACACAGAAUGAUAUGAUAAUGGCUGAAAGGCUCUUUGGAAUCCUAGCACAUGUAGCGUCUUCUGAGUUACCCCAGUAUCGUCUGAUUUCCAUUCUGGGUGAUGCCAGGAAAAAGCAAUUUCGGUAUCUACUAGAAUCCAAAGGAAAAAAACCUGGUAUUAUCAACGAAGAAAAUAAUGACAGCAAAAGACUUGUAGGAGAAAACACAAAUCGUGCUACAUUAAAUUAUACUACAAGAGACUUUUAUAAUGAAAAGCUAGAGGAAAUAAAGGAAAAGAAGAAAUUCUGUAAAACAUAUAUAGAAGACCUUGUGAAGGAAGCCACAGAAAUCAACAUGAAAAAUGAGGCUUUGCAGAAGCUUUGGCCACAGAUGUUCAUUGAGCUUGUUAGGGAUGCAGUCAUAGAAAUUCGCAAUAAAAAUUCCUAUAUGAAGCUCUGCCUACAGCAGAUAACAGACCAAAAAUAAAAAUGGCCUUUAGUUACAGUUGAUUUUGGCAGUUUUAUUUUUUGAAGGUUGAAAAUAUGCAGGCUAUACAUGUUAAAACAACAACAACACUAUCCUAUAAACUAGAAAGACUAGUAUAAAAGCAUUAUUGCCCACUGUUCUCAUAGCUAAAAGUUAAGAAGGAAAGAAGGAAAGCAGGAGAAAGGAAGGAUUAAUUUCCUGUAUGUGAUGACCAAACAACCUUUGGGAACUAAGCAGUUUUCAGAGAUGGCGUGGCACUGCAUCCUUGGUUCUUGCUUUGAUUGGUGCCCUGCUAUAGCCCAAAGCACGUAGUAUUUGCUGAUGAUUCAGCAUGAGCUGCAUCUACCUACUUUUAGCUGAUAAUUUUCAGUUAUUUCCCUUUUUAUUUUAUGUCAUGAUUUCAAAGCCAAAAAUAUGUUCUUUUUAUGAGUGAAGAAUAAACUUACUAACAAAUUAGUCAAAAUAAAGUAUGUUUGCCUCCUUAA